ACGGAAAAGUCGCCUUGAGUAAGAGAGAAGAUGAGAGCUCGGGCGCGGGGCAGGUGGGUGGGCGGCAGCAGCACCCCCGGCGUGGGACCCGCAUCCCCCCUGGCACAGGGAGCCGCGCUGCCCCCGGCACCCAUAAGCUGAGGAUUCUUCUUGGGACACGGGAAAGGACCGAGCCGGGAGCCAUGGCCGAGCACCGGGUGGCCACCAAGGGUCGGCGGAUGGGCUCCAGCCGGCGCAAGCAGCUGCGUGAAGGCUCCGGUGAGGCACCGGCACCAGCCCCCAGCCCCGGUGAGGAGCCACCAUGGGCAUCCGAAAUCGCACAGAGGGUGCAGGACUUCUUCAAGGAGCGGGACAAGGACCAGGCGGGGUUUGUCACCCGCUCGGACAUGCAGAAAUUGCAGGAGGAGGAUUUCCCGUGCAGCAUGGAGGAGCUGGAGCUCGUCUUCGAUGGGCUGGACACUGCCGGCACCGGGCGGUUAAGCACCGAGGAGUUCACUGCCGGGCUCCGGCAGUUCCUGAGAUCCCAAAAAGCUGCCAGGGACCACCGCCGGCGGAAAACGGCAUCCCGGAGGGUCCGCUUGGUCCUCCCCAGCCCAACGUUGGAGGGGGCGGACAGCGAGGAGCGGAGACACUUUGCUGCCUUCAUGGACCAGCUGGGCACAGCCAACGUCUCUGAAGAACAGGAGAUCUGGCAGCUCUGGGUGAAGCUGCGGCAGGACGAACCCCAGCUCCUGGGGAACCUGGAGGACUUUCUGGCCAAGAUGAGGCACCGCAUCCAAGAAGCCAGGAGUAAGAAGAAGGCUUUGGAGGUGACCCUCAACAAGCAUGUGGCUGAGCACGACAAGGAGGUGCAGCAGCUCUGCGAGGCCCUGGAGCAGCAGAUCCAUCAGGAGCAGCAGCAGCUGCAGCAGGAGAGCAUGGCCCGGAGCCACCAGCACAGCGUGGAGCUGCAGCAAGCGCUGGAUGCCAGCGAGAGGGAGGUGCAGCGCUUGGUCAUGGCGCAGAUGGAGCUGGAGACCCGAUGCCGCAGCCUCCGCAGCACACAACAAGCCGCCAGCACCGAAAACCAGCAGCUGGAGGAGAGCAACCGGGUGCUGGAGGAUCACCUGCAGCAUCUCCGCCAGCAGCUCCAGCAGACCCAGGGGCGGCUACAGGCAGCGAGGGCUUCGGUGGUCUGGGAGCGCACGGAGGAGCCCGGGGACGGAGCAGCGGCAGAGCUGCCCGGUGAGAUGCCCCUGUCCCCACAGACGAGCCUGGAGAAGAGCGAGAAGCACCGCUCCGAGAUGCGGAUCAGGCUGGGGUCCCAGAGCGGCGAGCCCAAAGCCAAGGCAACCUACCAAGUAGUUUGGGAAAUGCCGCCGGCAGACAUAAGCCUUUUGGGAGCCCCGCGGAGAGCGAGCUCUGCGGAAGAGGACCCCUUCCCAGAAUUUCUGAAAGAGGAACGCUUUUCUGACCAAAGCUCUUUGCUAAGAGAGAUGAAUGAUGCAAUAGCAGCUCUGAGCAAACAGCUGAAGCCACAGGCACCGGGAGCAUCCCCCGCCCCAGCAGACGCUGCCCGUCACCCCCGGGAUGAUGCUGAGCCCCAAACAGGGCCGGAGGCAGCCACAGCCCACGGCACAACCCCCGGAGUCGGGCGAAAGACCCUCCCCGGCCACAUCGGUCACCAGCCGGUUGAAGGAGACCUGCAAGAGGGACCGGCCGCAGCUGAGCUUCGUGCUCCAGACGUGACACAGGCUGAUGUGCGGCGGCUAAGCGCUUCGGGACAGGGAGCCCAAAGCGAACUUCAGGAGCAGGUCUCAGCGCAGGCAGAUAAGGUGAGGCUUCACACUGCUUCCCAGCAGCCGGAGGAGAAGCCGCCGCAUGUGAUGGAAACAGAACAAGCAGCUGCCGGACCUGCUGAGCCUCCAAAACCAGAGGUGCCACCAGCGUCAACCCUUCACACGAGGGUCCGACAGGAAGAUGCUGGAAACGACCAGUUGGGGAUGGUCCUCGGAGACAGCUCACUGGGGGAUGCAGCCAACAGCAGCCUGCAGCCUCAGAGGCAGCUCGUGGGAGAACAGGGCGAUGACCUCACCGUUGGUCAACGGGAGAAGCAGCAAGAAGUUGGGCGGAAAAUGAGCCAGAAAUCCCAGCCCAGCCCAGGAGAGUGGGGGGAUGUGACUGCAGAUGGGGCAGGAGCUGCCCCAAGGGGUUCUCCUGAGGCCUCCCCGGACCCAGACCACCUCUACAACGUGCUGUUCAUCGGGGACUCCCACGUGGGCAAAACGUCAUUCCUGUACCGCUUGCACGCCGACACCUUCAACCCGCACCUCGCCGCCACAGUGGGACUGGAUUAUCACGUCAAAAACCUCAUCGUGGACAACAAGUGCUUUGCCCUCCGCCUGUGGGAUUCAGCUGGUCAAGAAAGGUACCGCAGCAUCACCAAGCAGUUCUUCCGGAAGGCGGACGGGGUCGUGGUGAUGUACGAUAUCACGUCGGAGUACUCCUUCUCGGACACGCGGUACUGGCUGAGCUGCAUCCAGGAAGGAGCAGAAGACGGAGUCGUUAUUCUGCUCCUCGGGAACAAAACCGACUGCGCCGCAGAGAGACAGGUCCCCACCAAGGAGGGGGAACGCUUGGCCAAGGAGCAUCAGCUCAUGUUUUAUGAAUGCAGCGCUGCCUCGGGCCACAACGUCUCCGAGUCCAUGGUCAGCUUAAUCAGGUCGCUCAAAGUUCGUGAAGAUGAAUUAAAAAAUGAGGCAAAAGAGGUAGCAAAGCCACCCCAGAAGAAGAAGGGCUGUUGCUGGUGAUGGACGGACUGCCCCCCCCGCCCCUGUUGUGAUCGGAAAUGGCAAUGACAACCAGAAAAGCAUAAAAAUAGCCCUGGGGGGGGACCACCUCGUCUCCCCAUGUGUCGGCCCUGCCUGAUGUCCCUCGGAUGCUGAGAGCAAAAGCCGCUGCGGAGGAGCCGGCUGUCACCCGUCCCUGUCCCCGCUCACCUGCUGCUGUUGUCCCAGAGCACACGAGCCCCCCGAAAUACUUGUUGGGAAACUUUUUACCACUUUGUGGAGACAAAAACAGGCUAAGGAAAGAGGCAGAAAAGGAAUCCGCCUGGAUGCGAGAUGCUGGAGCAAUACUGGAAGCAGCAGGGAGAAAAACUGAGUCUUGGGAUAAAAGAAAAUAAUACCAGGAGUCACUUGAAGACUCCUGAAGUGUAUGAAAUAAGGGGGUUUAGGGCUGUCAGUGCCACUGUGCAGCGGUGACUUUUGCUCUGGCUUUUUAAUCAGAUUGGAUCUGGAACGAUGAAAUCUGCGGUAUAUCCUAAAGGCACUUUCUAAGUCUUUCCAAUUAGGCAAAGCAAAGCUAAUUUUUCUCUUUCCUGGUUUAUCGUGCCAGGGAGCGUAACGGAUCUUGACAGAAAACUACUAAAAACUGCUCCAAAUGAAUACAAAAGCCCCAAAAGCGUGUUCAGGAUAAUAGAAAGAGCCAUGGGGUGGUGGGAUAUAGGAUCAGAUAAAUGCUUGCAAGAGCCCUUUUUCCUUGCAUUGCCCCCAGAACAGAUUUUUUUUUUUUUUUUUGCGCUAUUGCAGGGAAUUUAAGGUCGGGCAGGGAAAAGCAAUCUGCUGCACCCUGCCCUUCCGC